CUUUGUUUGGCAUUGCCAUGGUGGUUCUUCAUGUCAGGGGCGAGCCACGUUGACACAAGAAGUGUCCUUUCGUCAUUUUCCCACACCGGCAAAAGUAAGUGUCACGUCGCUAAACUCCAGCUGUCAGUCCCGUGGACGCCAGUGCCUUCAUCCAAGAAGAGGAAGCAGAUACGUCACACCCGUGGUCAAAAUGAGUGUGGGCUUCAUUGGAGCAGGUCAGCUUGCUCAUGCAUUGGUGAAAGGAUUCACCGCAGCAGGUGUGAUCGCUACACACAGGAUCACAGCGAGCUCCCCAGACACUGACUUGCCUACUGUGACCGGCCUGAGGAAAAUGGGAGUGAGCCUGACAACCAGUAACAAAGAGACAGUCAGCAAGAGUGAUGUGCUCUUCCUGGCUGUGAAGCCUCACAUUAUCCCUUUCGUUCUGGAUGAGAUUGGCCCUGACAUCGAAGACCGUCAUCUCAUAGUGUCUUGUGCUGCAGGGGUCACCAUCAGCUCCAUUGAAAAGAAACUGCUUCAGUACCGCCCGGCUCCUAAAGUCAUGAGGUGCAUGACCAACACUCCAGUCGUGGUGAGAGAGGGAGCAACGGUCUACGCAACUGGUACUCAUGCAGAGGUGGAGGAUGGUAAGUUGCUGGAGCAGUUGAUGGCCAGUGUCGGAUACUGCACUGAGGUGGAGGAGGACCUCAUCGACGCCGUCACCGGGCUAAGCGGCAGUGGACCCGCCUAUGCGUUCACAGCACUGGAUGCACUAGCAGAUGGAGGAGUGAAAAUGGGUCUGCCAAGGAGACUCGCUGUCCGACUCGGAGCUCAGGCCCUAUUGGGAGCAGCCAAAAUGCUGCUGGACUCUGAGCAGCAUCCUGGCCAGCUGAAGGACAAUGUUUGCUCACCAGGUGGCGCUACCAUCCAUGCGCUUCAUGUCAUGGAGAGUGGGGGUUUCCGCAGCCUUCUCAUCAAUGCAGUGGAGGCCUCGUGUAUCAGGACGAAGGAGCUGCAGUUUCUGGCCGACCAGGAGCGCAUUUCCCCUGCAGCCAUUAAGAAGACCACAUUGGACAAAGUGCUGCAGCAGCCCGGCGUCACCAAUGGAAACGGCCGAUCAGGACUCAGCCUGUUCAACAAUCGAAACUCGGGCGUAAAGAAGAAGAACUGAGCGUACAUGAACACAUUUCCCUUGAACGCCACCACACACAGAUGGACAUCAAUUGGGUCCUGUGUGACAUCUGAGGUGCCACCACUUUUUCAGGUGUCUUGUGUUCUUAUACACACACACACACACAAUUGAUCUGUGCUGCAUUUCAUGUUUUGUCUCUUCGAUGGACACCAAAGAAUUUUAUCAACAUAUUUUACUCUGUUAUUCUAUCUGAAGUAAGUGAACAAAAAAACUAAGUAAAAGUAACAUUUAUUCCUUUUACGCUAAAUUGUAGUUGAUAGCUCCAGAAAUUAAAAUACUACAAAUGAUAAUCCGUCCUUAUUUUGUAUUUCAAAUAGCCACCAUGGUGUUUACAUUUGUAAACGAAAAAAUUCAAUGUGCUAAAGAAUAAACUUUGGCUUGCA